AAAUUUGCAUCGUGAAUUCGUGGUGUUUUUGCAGUAAAGCUUGUAGUGUCCGUCACCAAAAUGCCUUCUAGCGAUCCUCUACCACCUAAAGAAAGUGCACUUUUCAGAAAAAUCCUGAAAUGCUACGAAAUGAAACAAUACAAGAAUGGCCUGAAGCUGGCAAAGCAAAUCCUGUCGAACCCCAAGUUCCAGGAGCACGGCGAAACACUGGCCAUGAAGGGAUUAACACUGAAUUGUCUUGGACGCAAGGAGGAGGCGUACGAUCACGUACGCCGUGGGCUACGGAAUGAUCUACGUUCGCACGUGUGCUGGCACGUGUAUGGGCUACUACAGCGCAGCGAUAAGAAGUACGAUGAGGCCAUCAAGUGCUACCGGAAUGCAUUGCGAUGGGAGAAGGACAAUAUCCAAAUUCUGCGGGAUUUAUCCCUCCUGCAGAUACAGAUGCGCGAUCUCGAGGGGUACAAUGAGACGCGGAGUCAGUUGUUUCAGUUGCGCCCAUCGCAGCAUGCCAGCUGGAUUGGUUUCGCCAUGAGCUACCAUCUCCUGGGGGACUUUGAGAUGGCAAAUAGUGUGCUGGAGACACUGCUGCAAUCCCAAACGCCCGCUGAUACGCACGACUACAAGCACAGCGAGUUGCUGCUCUACCAGAAUCAGAUUCUUCAGGAAUCCGGGCAGGUGGAGAAGGCGUACAAGCACCUGGAGGACUUUGCCUACCAAAUAGUCGAUAAGUUGGCCGUGAAGGAGACAAUGGGGGAGUUGUGCCUAAAGAUGGGCCGACACUCGGAGGCUGUGCCCAUUUAUCGUGAACUCCUCCAGCGCAAUCCCGAGAAUACCAUGUACUACAAGAAGUACGUGGAAGCGUGUGAGUUGCUGGACAAACCCACGGAGCAAUUGGAUGUCUAUCGGCAAUUCCAGAAGGAAUUCCCCUCGUCCAUUUGCCCCAAACGCCUCCCGCUCGAUGUGGCGUCCGGCGAGGAUUUCCGCCAAGUGGUGGAUGAGUACCUUCGUCGUGGCUUGCGCAAGGGGGUGCCGCCGCUCUUUGUAAAUAUGCGUUCACUGUAUGCGCACCCGGAGAAGGUGGAGACCAUCGAGAGGCUGGUGUGUGGGUACUACGAUUCCCUCCAGGAGUGUGGCUACUUUGCCCCCGAAGAUGACCCAGCGGAGCCAAAGGAACCCGCUUCGGCACUCCUGUGGACCCUCUACUACCUUGCCCAGCACUUUGACUACCUGCGUCAGACGGAGAAGGCCCUCAAGUACAUCGAUGCCGCCAUUGAGCACACCCCCACGCUCAUUGAGCUCUUCGUGACCAAGGGGCGCAUCUACAAGCACUCCGGGGAUCCCUACGAAGCUUUCCGGUGGCUCGAUGAGGCACAGAGUCUUGACACGGCGGACAGAUAUAUCAACUCAAAGUGUGCCAAGUACAUGCUGAGGGCGAACAUGGUGAAUGAAGCGGAGGAAGUUUGUGGGAAAUUCACGCGUGAGGGUGUCCUUCCGAUGGAAAAUCUCAAUGAGAUGCAAUGCAUGUGGUUCCAGACGGAAUGUGCGCUGGCUUAUCAACGUCUGGAGAAGUGGGGUGAUGCCCUGAAGAAGUGUCAUGAGGUUGAUCGGCACUUUUCGGAGAUAAUUGAGGAUCAAUUUGACUUUCACACGUACUGCAUGCGAAAGAUGACGCUGCGUGCGUACGUGGGGUUGUUGCGACUCGAAGACAUCCUCCGGAGGCAUCCGUUCUACUUUAAAGCUGCCAAGUGUGCUGUUGAGGUGUACAUACGGUUAUAUGAUAAACCCCUCAAGACGGAGCAGCAAACUGAAGAGAUUGACACGGAAAAUCUUCCACCGUCUGAGCUGAAAAAGUUGCGCAAUAAGCAGCGGAAGGCGAGGAAAAAGGCAGAGCUGGAGAGCGCCCAGGCGGCACAGGCGCAAGUGAAGAAGGAGCAUCGCAAUAAAUCGCGACAGCAGCAAAAUGCCGAUGGGGAUCCGGAGGCGCCGCAACUUGAUGAAUUAAUCCCCGAUAAAUUGGCACGCCCCGAGGAUCCGCUGGAGAAGGCAAUAGAGUUCCUGAAGCCCCUGCAGGCGCUGGCCAAAGACUACAUUGAGACGCAUCUGUUGGCUUUUGAGAUCUACUACAGACGCGGGAAGCUUCUGCUGAUGCUGCAAUCCCUCAAGCGGGCACAGAAGAUUGAUGCAAAUGAUCCGGCACUGCAUGCGGCUGUUGUGAGAUUUCGUGAUGUUCUCGAUAAAGCAAAUGAUAUUCAUCCGCAUGUGAGGACUGUGUUGGACAGGGGGACUGAGUGCCUGUUCCACGGGAAGACGGCAAUUGAGCUGAAUACGGCCUUCCUCAAUGCGAAUGCAACGUCAAUGCGUCACGUGUUCGAGGGGGCAAGGAUUAUGUAUCAGCUGGAACCGGAUAAACGGGAAAUUGCCAUCAAUUUGGUUACGGGAUUCGAAGGAGAGCAAUUGAAACUUGAGGAAUGCACGCGGGUGUUUAAUAGCCUGAAUAGUGGAGAAUUUGGCGCGGAUACGGCGGACUGUGUGGCGGCGUACAAGAAAAAGUGUUCACGUCAAUUUCCCUAUGCUGUUAUCUUCAAAGAUAUCCAAUCACUGACGUACUUGCAAUCCCUGGCGGAGAAUCACGUGGAUGCAUCUGUUGUACAGUCAUCACUUGAAUGCACCCAAACCACCCCCUCGUCGAUGCCGCCGUCGCAACUGCUGCAGGAGCAAUCAUCCAGUGAAUUGAAAUGAAUUCGAAGAAAUUUUCAUACACCACAUUAAAACACACAACAUGCGCAUAAUUUAUGAGAAAUAAAAAAAAUAAAUCUCUUCAUGAUGAAAAAGGGAAAAAAUGCUAUGAAGUUUCCGAAAUAAAACAAAAAAAAUCUAAAACAAAACCAAAUUUUGGGAGGAGGAAUCAACCAAGACACACAAAAAAUGGGAAAAUGGAAAAUUUUUUACACAGGACUUGGAAGAAAGGAAAAAAUUUGUAAUUGGUGAGUAAAUUGGCAUAAAAAAAAAAUAUUAUGAAUUAUUAAAAAAAUAGACAAAAGAAUUACUUUGAAUAAUUGAAAUUGAAAAAAAAAUUAAAGAAGUUUUAUAAUGAAAAAAAAAAAAAGAAUUGAAACUAAUGUGUAGCAUUAAUUUAAAAAAAAAUCGCCACAAUAAGGGUCUAGUCUAUAAAAAUUGCUAGAAAUAACGAAUCUUCAUGUGUGAGGAAGCAUUAAAAGAAAACAAGUGGGAGUUUAUAAGGAAAGCAAAUCAAUUGGAGAAGAAGACUCAAAAUAUCAUUGAACAUAGAUGAAAAAACGUUAAGAAAUAUCGUGAGAAAAUCGUGGUUUUUUUCUAUCUAAUUUUUCUUUUGUGAAAAAAAUCGAAAAUUUCAUCAAAUAAGACAAAUUUUUUCUAAAUAAAAAUAUUUCCACCAUAAAAAAUUAAAUGCUGCGCAAAAAAGACGUUUAAAUGUCACAAAAUCUCGGCAGAAUUUUUCAAUUUAAUUAUAAAGAAAACCCACAUCAGACGAUUAAACAAAAAAAAAACCCAUAAAGAAAAUCAUUUUGUGAAUUUAAUUACGAGUUUCAUUUUUUUCUGAUGAAAAAAAUUCUAAUGAAAGAUAAACAAUUGAGAAAGAAAAAUUGUAACUAGGUUAUUAUAUAAAUUGUCGUAUAAAUACAUAUUUAGGAACAUU